GAAGUAAACAGCUGAGAGGAGCCCAUCGGAGUGAGGGUUUGUAGAAGUUUACACAAUGGCGGGAAGGAUUUAGAAACCAUUUCAACAAGUUAGCACUUAAUAUGAAUGCAGGACUUUGUCUGAUAACCUCUUUGCAUUGAAAUGAAAGACUACAGUGAACAGGCAUGUGCAUUCCCAGUUUACCAUCCAAACGAGAUCACAUGGACCUUUCACAGGUUAUGGCAGCUGGAAUUGACAUUCGUGCCCGUUUGCAGCAGUUUAUGGAGGAGAGGCUGCAGACCACAAUGUUGACAGGCAUGUUGAUAGGGGCUGUGGUGGCUGUGUGCCUUAUAGGCAUCUCUGUGCUCUUCCUCUACCGCAGAUACAAGUUAGCGAACCAGCAGACAGGUACGCCCCGGUACCGCUUCAGGAAAAGAGACAAAGUUCUUUUCUAUGGAAGAAAGAUCAUGAGAAAGGUCCAGACUCUGUCCUCAACACCCUUGUCUACUUCAGUGUCUAAACAUCGCCCUCGGAAAAGAAUUAAAGUCUUGAGCAUCGCGGGACGGAUAUUGCGGAUAAAGAAGGAGCCCCCAACCCUGCAGCCCAAGGAGCCUCCUCCCUCUCUGCUGGAGGCAGAUCUUACAGAGUUUGAUGUGCAGAACUCCAACUUGCCCUCUGAAGUGCUUUACAUGCUUAAGAAUGUCAGAGUGCUGGGUCACUUUGAGAAACCUCUGUUCCUGGAGCUGUGUCGACACAUGGUGUUUAUUGAGCUGCAGGAGGGGGAGGGACUGUUCAAGCCAGGAGAUGAUGAUGACAGCAUUUAUGUGGUCCAGGAUGGGAGACUGGAGCUGUGUAUCCAUGAAAACGAUGGCACAGAGCCAGUAGUGAAGGACGUGCUGCCCGGAGACAGUGUUCACAGCCUGCUCAGCAUUCUAGACAUCAUCACGGGUUAUCCUGCUCCGUAUAAGACUGUGUCUGCUCGAGCAGCAGCACGCUCCACCAUCCUCCGCCUGCCUGCCUCUGCCUUCGAGUCUGUGUUUGAGAAAUAUCCCGAAACACUAGUGAGAGUUAUACAGAUAAUCAUGGUUCGGCUGCAGAGAGUGACCUUCCUCGCCUUACAUAAUUACCUGGGACUAACCACUGAACUCUUUAAUCCAGAGAGGCAGGCUGUGCCUCUGACUGCAGUCAACAGCGUGAUCGCCGAGGGAAGCCCCAGCCGUGUCUCACGCAGACCCCAUUUUCACGCUCCGUUAGAUGAAGAUUACAGCCAAGGACCUGCAGAUUCUACGGACUCGGAUGGAGGGAAAACUCCUCCUUCUUCCGAGAAUUUGUCUACAGUUGUCAGGAAGCCUCGCUCUGUCUCAGCACCAGUGGACAGCACAGGCGUAGCUGGUAACGACCUGAGCAUGGCAUACGAGCGAGCCCGAGUGGCGCUGGAUGAUCCACCGUCCAGCCCUGUUCACUACAAGUCUAUUCUGAAGAAGACCGUGACCAUGCAUCAAGCUCCAUCUGCAGUAUAUCACUACACAGACAGUCGGGGGAGCUCUGAUGUCCCCCCUAGUAAAGUGGGUGCCAUCUUCCAAGCUGCCAAAAAAGACUUGUUGGGUAUUAUACAACUGCAGGACCCCAGUCUGUUGGAGGGCAGAGUGACACUGCACCAGGUGAAGGCUGGCUCUGUGGUGGCACGUCAAGGAGACCAGGAAGUGAGUGUGCAGUUUGUGAUUUCAGGAUUACUGCAUGUGUACCAACGAAUGAUCGACCGUGAGGAGGAAUCAUGUCUGUUUGUGACUCACCCCGGAGAGCUGGUGGGUCAGCUGGCGGUGCUCACGGGGGAACCGCUUAUCUUCAGUGUGCGUGCUCACCGUGACUGCACCUUCCUCUCCAUUUCCAAAACCCAUUUUUAUGAAAUCAUGCGUGCAGAACCUACAGUUGUGCUGAAUGUAGCUCACAGUGUAGUGCGCAGGAUGUCCCCAUUUGUCAGACAGAUUGACUUUGCGCUCGACUGGAUGGCUGUUGAAGCUGGCCGCGCAGUCUACAGGCAAGGUGAUAAGUCUGAUAGCACCUUUAUAGUGCUGAGUGGACGUUUGCGUUCGGUCAUUUUGAAGGAGGAUGGGAAGAAGGAGCUGACUGGAGAGUACGGCAGAGGAGAUCUAAUCGGCGUGGUGGAGGCUCUGACCCAUCAGAACAGAGCCACUACAGUGCAUGCUGUAAGAGACUCCGAGCUGGCUAAACUGCCAGAGGGAGCACUCAGCUCCAUCAAGAGGAAAUUCCCCCAGGUGGUCACGCGACUCAUUCAUCUGCUUGGGCAGAAGAUCCUUCAGCAGGUUCAUGGACCUUUAACAGCCCGUAGUCUGUCUCUGCACACCACGAGCAGUAAGUGGGAUGCAGGUAAUCCUGCCUCCAACCUGUCCACCGUGGCCGUGUUGCCCGUGUCUGACGAAGUUCCUUUGACCGCGUUCACCCUGGAGCUGCAGCACUCUCUCAUUGCCAUCGGCCCCACUCUUCUCCUGACCAGUGACAUCAUCAAACAGCGAUUGGGUUCUGCAGCAUUGGACAGUGUGCACGAGUACAGGUUGUCGAGUUGGCUGGGCCAGCAAGAGGACAUACAUCGUAUUGUGCUGUACCAAACCGACGGCUCUCUCACACCCUGGACCCAACGCUGCAUCCGUCAGGCUGACUGCAUCAUCAUUGUUGGACUUGGGGAGCAGGACCCUGCAGUGGGGGAGCUGGAACGGAUGCUGGAAGGAAGUGCAGUGAGGGCUCAGAAACAGCUGGUUUUGCUGCACCGAGAGGACGGGCCUUCACCUACGGGAACUGCUGAAUGGCUCAACAUGCGCAGCUGGAUCUCCAGACACCUGCAUCUGUCCUGCCCCCGUCGGGUCUUCUCUAAGAGGAGCCUACCCAAACUGAGAGAGAUGUACCAGCGUGUGUUCCAAAAGCCUGCAGACCGCCACUCUGAUUUCUCCCGUCUGGCACGAGUCCUGACUGGCAACGCCAUCGCUUUGAUACUGGGUGGCGGAGGAGCCAGGGGCUGCUCUCAGGUGGGUAUCUUGCGAGCACUUCAUGAGGCUGGGAUCCCUGUAGACCUAGUGGGAGGCACCUCCAUUGGUUCCAUGAUGGGAGCUCUGUAUGCCGAGGAACGCAGCUACAGCAGGAUGAGGAUCCGAGCCAGGGAGUGGGCUAUGGAGAUGACUUCAGUUUUCAAAAAGAUUUUGGAUCUAACCUACCCCAUCACCUCCAUGUUCUCUGGAGCAUCCUUUAACUCCAGCAUCAAUGCGGUCUUCAAAAAUAAGCAAAUCGAGGAUCUGUGGAUCCCUUAUUUCAACAUCACCACUGACAUCACUGCUUCGACCAUGAGAGUACACACUGACGGCUCUCUGUGGAGAUAUGUUCGUGCGAGCAUGUCUCUGUCUGGUUAUCUUCCUCCUCUGUGUGACCCCAAAGAUGGACACCUUUUAAUGGAUGGAGGUUAUAUCAACAACCUGCCAGCUGAUGUGGCACGGUCCAUGGGAGCUAAAGUUGUGAUAGCCAUUGAUGUGGGCAGCCAAGACGAAACCAAUCUAACCAACUAUGGAGAUGCCUUAUCUGGCUGGUGGCUGCUAUGGAAACGGCUUAACCCUCUGGCAGAGAAAGUCAAAGUGUUGAACAUGGCCGAGAUCCAGUCUCGCCUAGCAUACGUGUGCUGUGUGAGGCAGCUGGAACUGGUCAAGAACAGCGAUUAUUGUGAAUACAUCAGACCUCCCAUCAACAGAUAUCGCACUCUGGAGUUCGGCAAGUUUGAUGAAAUUGCUGAGGUGGGCUACCAGCACGGGAAGACCGUGUUUGACGUGUGGUGCAGGAGCGGAGUGGUGGAGAAGAUGCUGAAGGACAGGCGCCAAGAGGAGUUCUACAACACCAACAGGAACAAUAUGGUGACUUGUCCAAACGCCUCCUUCACUGACCUGGCAGAGAUCGUGUCUCGUAUUGAACCUGUCAAACAAGCACUUAUGGAUGAGGAGUCAGACUAUCACACUGAUUAUGAGGAGGAGCAGGUGGGAAGUGCUCUGUCUGACAUAGAACCCACCCACCACUGCAGUGAGCACACAGAGGAGGAACUGACUGCUGAUACUGAUGAAGAGCUGGAAAGGGUUCACAAUCAUCUUAAUUCAGAAGACUCGAGUGGAGUAUGUUCUUUUCAGCUACAGCACACAGCAAGCCCUCAUAACUCUCAGGCUCUAAGAGCCAGAAAGGUGUGCCAAGACUGACCGGUCAGCCAUGACCUCUGACCUCUGUCCUCCUACUGUUGGGCUGGACUAAGACCAACACUUAACAUUCCCAAAAUGUCCCUUUUGGUUGCCGCUUCUUAUCUACAGUAGGAUUUAUGAAGAAUUGGGACAUUUGGUCAUAAAUGCAUUGGCUGUCAGACAGGCAUGGGCAGAUUUUAUAUUUUAUAAGGAAUAUAACGACCUGCACCUCAUGCUGUGUCGGAGCAGGAAGUAAUGUCUAGCGGGAGAUUUGCAUAACCAACACUCUCUUCCCCGAUCACUGUGAAUCAUUUAAGGGCAGCAUCCUCAAAGCACAAAUGAAAGGACUGCUCAACCUGCUCAUUAUUUAAAGAUCACUCACUCGUCACUUUGUAACAGCAUGUUGGAGCAGAACCAUUUAUUUAUGAACAUCUUAGCUGUUACAGAUGCUGUUUUACAGCCCAGCUUUGGAGUAUUGAGGUAUUUCGUGUACAUUUUUACUUUUAACCACUACGUUACAAAUACACCGCAGUGAAAGCACAGGUAUAGCCGAAGACCAUUUCAGAUUCGACAGAGCUGUCCGCAUGAAGUCAUAAUUGCCUGGGUGUUUCAAUACAACGUCUCUCGGAUCAGGGCUGUAGCUUGUCCGAAGUCCGACACAACCCGCAUAUAAUGUGAAGUUUGCCGCAUCCUCCAAAAGCAAGCCUAUCAAUGCAAUUUUUUUUUUCUACAUUUAUGUAAUCGUUUUGCGAGAUGUUUUAUGUCUUCAGCAGUGCCUUUGCUCUCACUCUUCUUGAUGCAAGUAAGACGAGAGCAUUCACGUCUGAUUCCCUUCUACCAAUGAGUCUAAACAUACUAACAGUCUAAUCUUACACGUCCACCAAGUAUAGCUGUUUUGUUGUUGUUUUCUUAAAUACCACUGUGCUGUAACUGUAAUGACUGAAGACGUGCACGGAAAACGCACUUCGCUGCCUUAAUUUUGCACUCCUGGCCAAUUUGACAUUUUUAAAAUCGUCACAUUUAGUGUGCAAAUGGUGUUAGUCACAAAUUGUACAACCAUGAAGAGUCUUUGACAUUUACUUACAAAUGUGCACUCUUCCAUGCAGUCUAUGGAAGAAAUGUCGAUUCAGUAUGAAGGAGGAUUUUGGUGCUGCUAGGAAAGUGAGGAUUCAGUUAUUUGACAAACUAAUAUGUGAGACACUAAUUAAACUAAUAAAGUGCACUUAGCUUAUCUUUUGGUUUCUUAAUGAAAAAUGAUUGUAUAUUGCAGUAUUUUUUUUUCCAAUCUUCUGACCUGUCUAUAGGAGACAUUUGUAAUACUUUUUUUUAUAUUAUGAUCAUUUUUUUUUUUCUAACGAGAUCCAAAUUAUGAAUGUCUUACAGCAGGAACAUAUUUGCUUAACAUGCUGAAAUGGCACUCCAGGAGCCAUAUUAUCCCAGUGUUAUUUAUGAAGGUGAGUAUCUGAGUUCUGUGAAAGUCAGUGGGCAUAUUCGCUAAUGGAAACCUGAAGGGCUUUCAUCACUGUCUAUAUUGAUUAAAGCUGAUAAUGCAGGCUGUUGUAUUUUAUGGAUUACAUGACUGAGAUGUAAAGCAAGACACUUAUGAAAUUAAAUGAGUGGUUGAUUGUUAUUACAAGAUUAUAGCAGUGUAGCGGGGGUGUAACUCCAUGACACUGUGUUUCUAUGUUGAGUUUUUCGAAUAUUUGUAUCUCUGUAUUUAUCACACAGAAUUGGUGGGGCUUAAGCCAGAAGUGGAUUAUUAUUAUUAUUAUUAAUAAAAACUGAAUACUACCA